AGCGCACCGGAAAGAAAAUAGAAAGAAACAUGUGAAUAGAAAAAAGAAAAGCGAUAACAACUUGUAAAAAUGUUGGUGUGAAUCGUAUAAAACUGGUCAGAACCGAUGCAAGAACCUUCAGUUCCCUUAGUUCUUCAAUCAGUGGCAGACACUCCCGAAAAGGAAACGUAACAUUUAAAAAAUAAGUCGGAAUUGCAAUGGUGAAACUGGUGAGCUUCGUUGCUCUCACGGCCGUUCUUGGUUGUUUUCUACCUGUAACGAAGGUUACAGCCACUUUCUGGGGCGAUUGGGGCAAAGCCGAAUACUGCCCCUUGGGUGAAUGGGUGAUUGGAUUUGCAUUGAAAACUGAGAAACCGCAAGGAGAGGGUGACGACACGGCACUCAACAGCAUUUCCCUGAAAUGUUCAGGGGGAAGUUUGAUUUACUCCACUCAAGCACCUUGGGGAGACUGGGGUAGCAAUUUUAUUUGCCCGGCCGGCAGUUGGCUCGAUUCAUGCCAACUUCGCGUUGAACCUAUGCAGGGAGACGGAGACGACAAGGCGGCCAACAAUUUAAACUGCAAGUGCAGCAACGGAGAGACGUUGAAUGGCGACGGGACCAGUUGGGGCGAUUGGAAGGAAUGGACCAGUCCGUGCCGCGACGGCUUCAUGGCUAUACGGACUCGAGUGGAAGAACCACAAGCAAGUGGAGACGACACGGCUCUCAACGACGUCGAGUUCAUUUGUUGGGAGAAGCGUGAUUCCAGAUAGACGCGUGAAAAACAAGCUACGAUUUUCUUCCAGUCUUAUUUGCUGGGCGAUUCUCUGUAAUUCAUUUUAUUUUUCACUUCUUCUAUUACAUGUUGUAGCAACAAACAUUUCAACGGAUUAUCUUUGCGCUUGUUCAUCAUUACGGAGUGAUACACUGCAGCGUUUGAAGGGAUAACCAGUUGGAUUUCUUGUCAACUGUUUACGGAAUCGAAAAUUCAUUAAGCUGUAUUCAAAUCGCACCAAUCAGAAGCGGAGCCGAAACGAUUUCAACUGAAACG